UUCCGCCGGAAGCUGGGAAAGCUGCAUCCGGCGCCGGGAUAAGUGAGAGUUGGAUUUUCCUAGUCCGUCGACUGUAUCCUGCUUCGCUCUACUGUGGUCACUUUGGGGAAGAAAUGUCUUCUGUAAAAAGAAGUCCACAACAAGAAAUAAUUUCCCUGUUUCACUGUUCAGCUGCAGAAGGAGAUAUUGCCAAGUUAGCAGGAAUACUCAGUCAUUCUCCAUCUCUUCUCAAUGAAACUUCUGAAAAUGGCUGGACUGCUUUAAUGUAUGCUGCAAGGAAUGGGCACUCAGAUGCUGUCCAAUUUCUGCUUGAGAAAGGAUGUGACAGAUCACUUGUCAACAAAUCAAGUCAGACUGCACUGGAUAUUGCUAUAUUUUGGGGUUAUAAACAUAUAGCUAAUUUACUAUCUAAUGCUAAAGAUGGGAAGAAGCCUUGGUUCCUAACCAAUGAAGUGGAAGAAUGUGAAAAUUAUUUUAGCAAAACACUACUGGACCGGAAAAGUGAAAAGCGAAAUAAUUCUGACUGGCUGCUGGCUAAAGAAAGCCAUCCUGCCACAGUUUAUAUUCUUUUCUCAGAUUUAAAUCCCUUGGUUACUCUAGGUGGCAAUAAAGAAAGUUCCCAACAGCCAGAAGUCAGGCUUUGUCAGCUGAACUACACAGAUGUAAAGGAUUACUUGGCUCAGCCUGAGAAGAUCACCUUGAUUUUCCUUGGAGUAGAACUUGAAAUGAAAGAAAAGUUACUUAGUUAUGCUAGAGAAGUCCCAAGAGAAGAGGAAGAUGGGUUGGUUGCCUGGUUUGCUCUAGGUAUAGAUCCCAUUGCUGCCGAAGAAUUUAAGCAAAGACAUGAAAAUUGUUAUUUUCUUCAUCCUCCAAUGCCAGCUCUUCUGCAAUUGAAAGAAAAAGAAGCUGGGGUUGUAGCUCAAGCAAGAUCUGUUCUUGCCUGGCACAGUCGAUAUAAGUUUUGCCCAACCUGUGGAAGUACAACUAAAAUUGAAGAAGGAGGCUAUAAGAGAGUAUGUUUAAAAGAAGAUUGUCCUAGUCUCCAUGGCGUUCAUAAUACAUCAUAUCCAAGAGUUGACCCUGUAGUAAUCAUGCAAGUUAUUCAUCCAGAUGGGACCAAAUGUCUUUUAGGCAGGCAGAAGAGAUUUCCCCCAGGCAUGUUUACUUGCCUUGCUGGAUUUAUUGAGCCUGGAGAGACAAUAGAAGAUGCUGUUCGGAGAGAAGUAGAAGAGGAAAGUGGAGUCAAAGUUGGCCAUGUUCAGUAUGUCUCUUGUCAGCCAUGGCCAAUGCCUUCCUCUUUAAUGAUUGGCUGCUUAGCUGUGGCAGUGUCUACAGAAAUUAAAGUUGACAAGAAUGAAAUAGAGGAUGCCCACUGGUUCACUAGAGAACAGGUCGUGGAUGUUCUGAUCAAAGGAAAGCAGCAGGCAUUCUUUGUGCCACCAAGCCGAGCCAUUGCACAUCAAUUAAUCAAACACUGGAUUAGAAUGAACCCCAAUCUCUAAAUCAAAGAACUUGGCUUUUAUGAGUAUUAUUUAAUUUCUAAUACACUUAUUUUUCAAUAAGAUUAUAAAUAGCCAGUACCCUUUAUAAUGUAACAACACAAAAAUUAUGUUGGGUUUUGAAAUAUGCUCAAAGUGUACUUUCCUUCUUAAUCACAGAAUUCAUAUUUUUAUCAAUUAAAUAAUUUCCUCAGAUAUUGUUAAAUCUGGGUCAGCCUUUUUUGAACUUUUUUUUUGCUUGUGCGUCACAAUUUUAUCUCACAAAACCAUUUUUUCUCAUAAGAAACAUCAUGCUGUAAAGAAGUGUAUUCUAGAACUAUGAAUAAAGUUAAAUUUUAGUGCUUCUUGUAAGCAUUAAACUGAUCACCAAAGUUCCUUAUUUUAGAAAUGAAACAAAAUGAUUUUAAUGAAUUUUUUGACUUGUGUUAUUUUUAGUCCUUUCACAUCCAUAAAGGUCCUUUAAGUUGUUAGUAUUUGAUUUUUGCUUAUCUCCCUGUUGUAGUCCCAUUUACUCUUUUCUCUUGGUUCCAUUGUUGGUGAUCUUAUAGUUUUGCUGCUGGUUAAUUUAGCCAGUGUUAAGAAUUUUCUAUUUUAACAGUGGUACUAGUGAUUCCAAUACCAGAUCCUCAUGGAAGUGAGAGCUUAAGUGAGAGCAUACGAUCAUGUUUGGACUUCCAUUUUAAACCCAAAAUCAUUUAAUGCAUCUAUUUACAUGUCAUUUAUACCCAAAGUUGUUCUUAAUACAAAACAAGACUUUCUACUUUUUCAUUGAAAUUAAACAUAUUUGAAAGGAA